CCAGUCACAGCCCCCAGAGCAAACUACACACUGGUGGGGGAGGCCAUCAGGUUCAUGAUCCCAUCCCACAUGCAGUGCUCCGUGGGCUGUGGAGGUCGGUCCUGCAAGUACGACAGCCCCAUCUACUGGAGAGACGACCAACAGGCUAUAAAAGGCCUCUACUCCUCCUGGGUAACGGAUCAUCUCCUGGCUUCAUCCAGACCCUCCACACAGAUCAUUGACAGAUACAAUAUUAUUGAUCAAUUUAAAAGGAAUGGUAUUAAAACAGUGAUCAACCUGCAGAUUCCUGGAGAACACGCCGACUGUGGGAGCGGUCUGGAGCCGGAGAGCGGGUUCUCCUACUGCCCCGAGGUCUUCAUGGAGAACGACAUCUAUUUCUACAACUUUGGGAUGAGUGACUACGGCGUGGCUAACCUCAGCACGGUGCUGGACAUGGUGAAGGUCGUGGCCUUCGCACUCCAGGAGGGAAAAAUAGCCGUUCACUGUCACGCCGGUCUGGGUCGAACAGGUGUGCUGUUAGCAUGUUUCCUAGUCUAUGCUACCAAGAUGACGGCCAACCAGGCCAUUCUGUUCGUGCGUGCCAGAAGACCUGGUUCUAUCCAGACCAGAGGUCAGCUUUGCUGCGUCCGUGACUUUGUCCGGUUCCUCACGCCCUUGAGGAGCGUUUUCUCCUGCGCCGAUCCUCGGUCCGACCCAGUGACUCUGGCCCAGUACCUGAACCGUCAGAGACUCAUGCUGCACGGCACUGAAAGGAAGGAGCUGCGACACCUCCCUAAGAUCGUCCAGCUGGUGUGCAGGCUACUGAGGGACAUCGCGGAGAAUCGACAGGUCAUAGAGGAGGACGUCCUGGAGGCGCCGGACGUCCACGACAUAGAGAUGACUUUGAGUAUCGUGGAAAAACUUGGACCUGAAACGUUUGCAAAAAAGCCCCACCUCCCAGGUAUGCCCACCUUACCAAGACAUUUCAACGAGCCGCCCAUCUUCUACCAUCACAAGAGCCUGAGCUACAGCGAGACUGACCUGCGACGACUGGGCUCCGAGCUCAACCUCCUGACCCAACCUCUCGGAUCGCUGUCCCAGAGUAACGCCGACGUGUCUGUCGUCCAGGGUCAAGGUUGGACUGGUAACGUGUCGGACGUCUCACAGAACUCCACGGGGUCGCUGUGGCAACAUAAAAACGAUGGCUCCACUCUGCUGAAGACCACCAGGCCCAAACCCAUCCAGCGCAGUGAGUCUGUGGGGAACCACAAACUGAUGAAGAAAGGCGGCCUGUGGUCCAGGUCGGAGUGUGAGCUGACGAGGACCGGGUGUGGGGCUGAAGCAGAGGAGCAGUCGGAGGUGCCCUUCAUCACCCUGCAGUCGGAGCUGUCGCUGGAGAACAGGAGGCUGCUGGUGGCUCAAGCCCUGGCACUGGACCUGUUCCUCGACGGAGAAGAAAAGCAUAAAAACAAACUCUCGGUGUGGAAGGCUGAGCUGAACCGUGGAGGAGCGUGGGAAACUCUGUGUACGGAGCAGGACCCCUUCAUCCUGACUGGACUCAUGUGGGCCUGGCUGGAGCAGCUGAAAGAACCAGUGAUCUCCAUGCAGGAGGCCAAAGCCCUGAACUCCGACACCCGCAGCGACGUGCAGACUGUGCUCGACACGCUUGACCACGCUCAUAAACAGACCCUGGCCUGUGUCCUGGACUGCAUGGCUCACAUGCUGGAGAUACCAGAGGAGGUGGAGGCUGCUUUCCUGAGGAGAACCAUCAAGGCUUUCACCUGGAUGGACUUUAACUCCGUGGAGACUAAAGCCGUUCACGAGUCGAUGACAGCCGUUCUGAGGAGUGUCCUGGGGGACAUGAGGUCUCAGGUUACAGAUGAGACACAUUUGUCUCCACUGCUGUCCACCCAAUAGUCUUCAAUAUGUUAAUGGUGCCUUUUGACUCAUUUAUUAUUAAUUAUUAAAUUGUCAACGUGCAGAGUGUGUGUAUGAAUAAAUGACCAACUCUUUGUCCAGUGUUGUAGCAUAAACUCUAGAAUGUAACCAGGGUGAAGUGACUUUAAAAGACAACACGACAGUUUUAACAACACACUGAUGUUAUCACAAUGAUAAAACAUUUAACACAAGAACUGCAUCCAGUACCUGCCAAUGUCACGACAACUGAUCAUUUCAUACUAUAUAUAUAUAU